AUGGAGAGAAUGGGCUUCGCUACUCGUUUCGUGGACCUUGUUUUGGCUACGGUUAACUCAGUGAGGUAUAAAAUUGUUCAUGGCGGUCAUGUGUCAGAUUCUUUUGUGCCAGGAAGGGGUAUUCGUCAAGGGGAUCCUUUAUCUCCUUAUCUUUUUCUCAUUUGUGCUGAGGGUUUUACUUCUCUCAUUAAAAAGUUUGAAGGUGAUGGUCUCUUGAAGGGUUGUAAGGUUGCGAAUGGGGCACUUGUAAUCUCACAUAUGUUAUUUGCUGAUGAUAGCUAUGUCUAUUGUCGUGCUAAUGAGAGGGAAACUUCUAAUGUGCUGCGGCUCCUUCAAUUGUUUGAAGCGGCUACUGGACAACAGGUGAAUUUUACCAAGUCUUCAAUUUUCUUCAGUUCUAAUACUCCUCUUAUUAUUCGUGAAAGAAUGUGCUCCAUGAUGAGAAUGCCUAUGGCUGAUGAACAAAGUACUUACUUGGGUCUUCCUUGUACUAUGGGGAGGAAUAAAGAUGUAAUUUUGGGUUUUCUCAAAGAUAAAAUGCUCAAGCGAGUACAGAGUUGGGAAGGUCGUCUGUUAUCAAAGGCUGGCCGUGAGGUUUUGCUCAAAACGGUUGCUCAAGCUUUGCCUACCUAUGCGAUGUCUGUGUUUCUUCUUCUGGUUAAGACUGUUUCACACCUGGAGAGCUUAAUGUCAAAGUAUUGGUGGGGGUCCUCUAAUAAUAGAACAAAAGGUGUCAGAAAGCAGGGGUGGCGUCUUCUUCUGUAUGAGGACUCUCUUGUGGGUCAUAUUUACAAGGCCUGCUACUUUCCAAACGGUAAUUUCCUUGCGGCUGAGAUAGGUCCUAACCCAAGUUUUAUUUGGCAGAGUGUGUUUGAAUCACAACAACUGGUUCGAGAUGGUGCUAGAAGGAGAAUCGGGUCUGGUGUGUCUACCCCUGUGCUUAAUGUCCCUUGGCUGAUUUCUGAUGAGAACCCUUGUGUCAUUUCUAGACAUCUUGUGUUGGCUCAUAGUACAGUCUCCCAGUUGAUGCACAUUGAUCGUAAGCAAUGGGAUCUUGAGGUCUUACACGAUUUGUUUGAGGCAAGGGAUGUUGAUUUGAUAAUGCAGGUUCCUCUAAGUGAUAAUGUUAAUGUUGAUUCUUGGUUUUGGGGUAAAGGGCCGAAUGGGUUUUACUCGGUUAAGAGGUCCUACCGCUAUCUCCAAAAACUGAAAGGAGAAUGGGGCAUUCAAUUGGAGUCUGAAUUGUGGAGGGUUCUCUGGAAAGUUAAAGUCCCUCCCAAGGUUCUUCACUUUGCUUGGAAAGCUAUUUCGGGGUGUCUCCCAACUCGUACCCAAUUGCGUACAAAACAUGUUCCUGUUGAUCCUCGCUGCGUGUUUUGUAAUUCUGAUGAAGAAACUAUUAUUCAUGUUUUGGUUGGCUGUCAUUUUGCGCAAUCAUGUUGGCAUAGGUCGGGUGUGGGAUUGCAUUUUUCUGCAGAAGCUACUUUUGCCGAUUGGUUUAAGGCGUUUCUAACAGGGGUAGAGUGGCUUUGGUGGAUGAGCUCUUGA